AUGCGGCAGGCGGGGCGGUACAUGGCCGCCUUUCGGAAGUUCUCCGACAAGUAUACUUUCAGGGAGCGGUCCGAGAACGCCGACAUCGCCACGGAGCUGAGCCUGCAGCCCUGGCACGCUUUCCACCCCGACGGCGUCAUCAUGUUCUCCGACAUCCUCACCCUCCUCCCCGCCAUCGGCGUGGAGUUCCAGGUGAUCAAGGGCCGCGGUCCACUCAUCGCCGCCCCCCUGCGCGACGCCUCGGCCGUGGCCGCACUGCGCCCAUUGGAGGACCCCGCGGCCAGCCUGCCCUUCGUGGGCGAGACGCUGCGCAACCUACGCGCCGAGGUGGGCGACGGCGCCGCGGUGCUGGGCUUCGCGCCCACGCCCUGGACCCUGGCAGCCUACUGCGUGGAGGGUCGCGCGGACCGCAACUGCCGUGCGACCAAGACCAUGAUGCUGCGCGACCCGGCCCUGCUCGCCUGCCUCAUGGACAGGCUGGCCGACGCCAUUGCGGCGCACCUGGAGUACCAGGUGGCCUCGGGGGCGCAGGUGCUCCAGCUCUUCGACUCCUGGGCGCACCACCUGACCCCCGCGCAGCACGCCGCCCACGGCGCGGCGCAGACGGAGCGGGUCCUGCGCCGCCUGGCCGCCUCCUGCCCCGGCGUGCCGGUCAUGCUGCACACCAACGGCUGCGCGGGGAAGCUGGCCGCGCUGGGCGCGCUGCCCGCCGCCGCGGUCGGCGUGGACUGGCACCAGCCCAUGCGCGACGCGCGCGUGGCGCUGGGCGCCGACGUCGUGGUGCAGGGCAACGUGGACCCCAUGCUGCUCUUCGGCAGCGAAGCCGACGUGCGCGCCGGGGUGGCGGCGUGCCUGGAGGAGGCAGGGCCGGAGCGGCACAUCAUGAACCUGGGGCAUGGCGUGAUCGAGGGCACGCCGGAGGCCAGCGUGGGCGCCUUUGUGCAGCUGACCAAGGAGCUGUCGGCCGCGCGGCGGCGUGGGUGA